CUUACCUCUCACUAUUCGUCGAAUCGCCGAGCGAUCGACAUCAAGUAUUUUACACAUCACCUUUUCUCCAUAAUCAUCUUUUUUGAAUCGAUACAUACCUGUGUACAUACACACAUAUCCGCGCUCACGCACCCACACAAACAAAUACACGCAUUACUCAUACACAUACAUCUAUUACUUUUUUUGCUUCACCACCCUUUUGCACACAUACUUCGUUUAUUUGUUUGUUUUUUUUUUUUUUUUUAAUUUUUCCGUUGCUGUUUUAAUUAACAAAGGGUCAAUAAACUCGGUCCAAUAAGGAGAGGAUGGAGAAGGACCAGCCGGAUUCUUUGGCAACGGUUGCUGUCGUCUCGGAGAAGAUGCCCCAGACGCACAGUCAUUAUGCACCCAGUGAAGUCUAUUCUUCUACCGAACCACCACCAGCAUACAUGAGGCCACCGAUGAAAAGUACGGCGGUUCAGAUAGCAAGGAUCGCUGCUAUCACUUUGAUCACUAUUUCGAUUAUCCUUGGAAGCUUCAUUCUUGCUUCAUCUUGGAUUCAAGCACGUAUGUCUUGUACACCGGAAGCUAUAGCUGCUAUGCAAACUGAUAUGAAGUUUCAACAACAACAACUGCAACAGGGCGAAUUGUUGAAACAUCUACAACCGGAAGCUUUGGUUCAGGAUCCCAUAGAAGCCAGGGAGAGCUUACAAAAUCUUGCGGAAACGACUAAGAAGGAAAAUGAAAUAAAUACUAAAGAUAUUAAGAAUCAAAAGGAAGAUGACAAUGGUUCGAAAUCCGACAACGAAAAUGGCGAUCGUGACGAGGACGACGACGAUUACGAUGACGAUCAAUUUCCUCCCGUCCAUAUUAAACUUCCCCUCCAACUUGAUUUGGACGAUAUAGCUGGUGCUCUAAUACAACAAGCAAGAAGUAGAGUUUCCUGUGUAGUAGAAAGAAGAAGAGCUGAUGAAGUUAUGGACGGAACUAACGACAACGGAUUGGAUAACAGUACCGAUCCUCAACGUUUCCAAAGAUUAAGCGGUGAACGUGUUGCUAUACUGUGCGAAUCAGGCAAUCCUAAUCAGGAACAACAGGAGCAAGAAAUGCUUACUCCGAUCAUUGUUCCAUUAGGAACCGUACAAAUUCCCCUACAAUCUCAAGAACCUAAUCCAAAUUAUCAUCAGUAUCAAAUCCACACGCAGUAUCAAGUUCCUGACAUGCAACAAUUGCCGUUAAGUGAUCCACGAGGUUUAAAUCAUAUACCAGCUAAUGUACUUCCUGCCGAAUUACGCAAUCUUCCACAACUUACGAUGGAAAUGAGACCACCGCGAAUGGGCCCACAAAUUCCUUCUAUGAUGGGACCACAGCCUGGUAUAACAGGACCACAGAUCGAAAUGCGUCAAAUCCCGAUCGAAUUGCGUCACUUCCCAAUGGAUCCAGCAAGAAACAUGAGACCACCGAUGCCACAAGAACAACGUCAGGAACCGCACCAGAUACCUAUUAUGUAUCAACAACAACCCGAUCAAAAUCUUGAAAUGUAUGGUCAAGAACAACAGGGUGCGGCCAUGAUGCCACCACCGCCACCACCACCGCCGUCCCACAAUGAACAACAAAUUCCUGAACAAAGAGUAUUGCCCCAAAUGAUCGUACCGCAAACAGAACAAAGAAUGCCCAUGCAACCGCAAGUUGUACCAGAAAGACCGCAUUCCCCAUUCCAGGGUAUACCCAUUGAGAUUAGAAGGAUUAUUCAACAAGUACCUUUAGAAAUAAAGAACAUAAUCCAACAUAUUACUGGAGAAGCUCGGCCAGUACCGAUACAAGUAUCUGAAGGAACACGACGAGAGAAUGUACAAGAAUUCAAACCAUUCCCCGAAGGUGCACGACCCAUUAUACCAAUGGGAUCAUUCCCACUCCCGGUCGAAGUAAGAAAUCUUUUGGAGCAUGGUAAUAUCGAAGGACGAAGACGAGGAGAGGAUGCUUCCAGCGAGCAACAAGAAGCUAAACCGUUCCCAGGUCCCGAAGACGAGGGUGAAGAAGUUGAGAAAAACUUCCCUGUACCUGCUGAAAUUCGUAAUAUAAUACACCAAGUUGUAGAAGGACGUGCAUUCCCUGUACCAAGGUUCGCUUUACCAUUGAGACCUGUCGAAUCAUUGGAAGUGCCAGUCGAAGCUCGUGCCGAAGUUAGCGAUGGUCAAAUGCCCGAUCGGGAUUCGGAACAUCAACAACAGGAGCAACAACCAAUGCAUCCUGUUAUGCAACAGCAACAACAACAACAACAACAGCAGCAGCAGCAGCAACAACAGCAGCAACAGCAACAAGAACGGGAAGAAGAGAAUAGACCACAUUAUGUUCAACCACGUUCCGUACGUUCUAUUCCAGAACCUUUUGCUCAUCGUCGAGAAAAACGCGUACGUCGUUGCGCUUGUGAUUGCGCUUGCUAAUUUUGUCGAAUUUCACGAGCUUAAUUCGCUUUUUCUUCUUUCGGGGCUAAUUUAAAAAUUUUUAUUUCCAUCUAUCUCUUUCACCCUCUAACUCUUUUUCUCU